CCCGUGUCUCCCGCGUCGCCAUCUCCACAGCCAUGUCUGCCGACACUACCUUCAAGCGUUUUGUCGAGGUUGGCCGUGUCGUCCUCGUCAACGACGGUCCCGACGCUGGCAAGCUCGCGACCAUCGUCGAGAUCAUCGACCACAACCGCGCGCUCAUCGAGGGCCCGUCGACCGGCGUCACCCGCCAGUCGUUCACCUACCGCCGCCUCGUCCUGACGCCCUACGUCCUGAAGAAGCUCCCCCGUGCGGCGGGCACGACCGUCGUCAAGAAGGUCUGGGACGCGUCCGACGUCGAGGCCAAGUGGAACAAGAGCGCGUGGGCCCAGAAGCGCGCCGCGCAGCAGAAGAGGCGCAACACGUCCGACUUUGAGCGCUUCGAGGUCAUGCUCCUCAAGAAGCAGCGCAGGCGCCUCGUCCAGGCCGCCGCUGCCAAGGCCAAGAAGUCGGCAUAAAGUCGCCCGCACUCGCCGACCCUGCGCACCCGAGCCUAUGCUCGCUCCCCUUCCCUCCCCUUCCUCCCCGCCCCAUCCUCGUCUCGUCGCGGCAGUUAGUGAGCUGGAGUCGUCGCCGCUGUGGGGCACCCGAGGUGGAACGAGGACGAGGGGGCGGCAGCGUGGGCUUGGACUGCCGGAGGGUUGGCUCGUGUUGGUUGCUGGAGCUGGAAUGACGGCGUUCACCGAA